CCACCUGUCUCUCGGUCUCUCUGCUCAUUCUCCGAGCCCAAAAAUCUCGUGUUCAUACACUAUUGUACCCAAAACUAGGGUUUUAUGGUAGCGAGAAUUGGGCUAGCUGUUUAUUUUUUUCAGAAAAUUAGAAUUCGGAGAUGUCGCAUAGCUGUGGGAGCGGACCGGACUUCCAUCUACCGGACGAGAUACUUUCGGUUAUCCCUACUGAUGCGUACGAUCAGCUGGAUCUUGCUCGGAAGAUAACGUCUAUGGCGAUUGCGUCGCGCGUGUCGAAACUCGAGUCGGAGGUGGGGUGGUUAAGACAGAAACUCAACGAGAAAGACCGCGUAGUUGUGGAGCUCGAAGACAAGGCUUCCCAAAUCGAACAGGCAUAUCAGGAGGCCGAAUUGCGCUUAAAGAUUACUCAUGAAGAUAAUAUGAAACUCUCCAAGGAGCGAGAUUCGUUGGCAAUGACGGCCAAGAAACUAGGUCGCGAUUUGGCAAAGUUGGAGACAUUCAAGAGACAAUUGAUGCAGUCCUUAAACAAUGAUAAUGCAUCUCAAGCUGAGACUGUGGAUAUUGGAACCUAUGACCAUUCAAUUCCAAAAGCCUAUCCUGUGAAAGAGGAAGAGUCAAAUGGCUACAUGACACAACAUUCCUUCAGUGGCUCCAGUCAUAGUUCGAAUAUUACUGAUGAUGCCUCAAAGCAAGCUGGGCAAAGGUUUUCUAUGACCCCUUAUAUAACACCUCGGCUUACUCCAGCAGCAACUCCAAGAAUAAAUUCCACUAGUGUGUCCCCUAGAAGGUAUUCAACUGCUGGAUCUCCUCAGAAAACCUCUGGUACCAAUUCUCCAAUAAAAUCUCAAUAUGAAGGACGGAGUACACUUUCUUCAUGGUACCCGUCAAGCCAGCAGUCAUCAGCAGCAAGCUCUCCUCCACGUGGACGCCCAAUGCCAGGUUUGGAAGAUCUAUUGCAAAAUCCAAUUUGACUUAAAUCUGCUUUGAUAUUAAAAACUACUUCUGUUUCUUUUGCAAUCUUUUGGUAAAAUUUGUCCACAUUCGUCCCUCUUACAAAAGCAUAGUUUUUACACUAAUGCAGCCACUGAGGGUUGAUGUACUCUUUUUGAGUGUCUAAUGCUUUUUUCAAAUUUCCUAUAUAGAUUAUAACCUUUUUAUUUAUUUUCUUUUGUUCUUCGAAAUUUUAAGCUCGUACUCCUAGAAUUGAUGGAAAAGAGUUAUUCCGUCAAGCCAGGUGAGUCCUGUAUAUCCAGCUAUUGGUCUGUGACUACCUCAGUUUUGAGGGCCCUUUUACCUGACAGUUUCUCUAUGAAUAUCUAAUCCAGGAGUCGUCUAUCCUAUGAGCAAUUCAGUGCAUUUCUAGCUAACAUAAAGGAAUUAAAUGCUCAAAAGCAAACCCGUGAGGAAACUCUGAGAAAAGCAGAAGAGAUUUUUGGGACGGAUAACAAAGAUCUUUACCUAUCAUUUCAAGGGUUGCUUAAUCGCAACAUAAACUAAAAGUAUCUGCGCUGGAAAUGGUUUGCAAUAAUAGGUUCGUCUAUCCAUUUGUCAUUUGUAGUCCUUGGAAUUCCAACCUUGUCCUGUUAUCUUUUGUUUUUCCUUUUUCAUAAUCUUUUAUGAAGUAUAUUUUGGAGAACUUACCUUAGCCUUUUAAAAACAGCACUAUUCCAGACCAAACUCUAAUCUGGGGGCUGAGUGGGGACCCCAUGAGUGGUUUUUCUAUGGAAUAUUUGUUGAGUGAAUAUGAAUUCAUGUUGGAGCAUAGUGUCUAUUAGAG